AUGAGGGGACAGAUGCAAGCAGCAGCAGCAGCUAUUGCUGCUGCCAUUUGCUGCCUCGCAGGGCCCGACCAAGCGGCGCUCGCGGCACAGCCGCCGCCUCAGGUGAGCCAUAGCAGCAGCAGCAGCAGCAGCAGCAGCAGCAGCAGCAGCAGUUAG